AUGUCGGAAACCAGUGAGGAGCAGCUCAUGGAGACAAUGGGCGCCACUGAGAACCGGCACAAGGCCGCCCGGGUAGGCGAGUCGCUGGCCGGGCUGGGCAGCGUGGCCGAGGGGAGUGCUGGAGGCGGGAGCGGGGCACCUCCGGCCAGCAACCAGAACGGCACUGAGGGGGACAAGAUCAACGCCAGCAAGGAAGAGGAGGAUGCAGGAAAAAUGUUUGUUGGUCACCUAAGCUGGGAUACCAGCACAAAGGACCUAAAGGAUUAUUUUACCAAAUUUGGAGAGGUCGUUGACUGUACCAUAAAAACGGAUCCCAACACUGGCCGGUCCAAAGGAUUUGGGUUUAUUCUCUUCAAAGAUGCAGCUAGUGUGGAGAAGGUCCUCGACCAGAAGGAGCACAGGCUGGAUGGCCGUGUCAUCGACCCCAAAAAGGCGAUGGCCAUGAAGAAGGAGCCUGUAAAGAAAAUUUUUGUGGGGGGUCUGAAUCCUGAAGCCACUGAGGAGAAAAUCAGAGAGUACUUUGGCGAGUUUGGGGAGAUCGAGGCCGUUGAUCUUCCAAUGGAUCCAAAGUCAAACAAACGACGAGGUUUUGUUUUCAUCACCUUUAAAGAGGAAGAACCUGUGAAGAAGGUCCUAGAGAAAAAGUUCCACACCAUCAGUGGAAGUAAGUGUGAAAUCGAGGUGGCUCUGGCCAGAAAAGUCUAUCAACAGCAGCAGAGUGGCUCUGGGGGCCGUGGAAACCGCAACAGAAGGAACCGAGGCCGUGGUGGUGGCGGUGGAAGUGGAGGAGGUCAGAGUCAGAGUUUUAAUCAGGGCUACGGCAACUACUGGAACCAGGGCUACGGCAACUACUGGAACCAGGGCUACGGCUACCAGCAGGGCUACGGGCCCUCGCCCUAUGGCUAUUAUGGCUACGGCCCCGGAUACGACUACAGUCAGGGUAGUAUGAAUUACGGAAAGAGCCAGCGACGUGGUGGCCAUCAGAAUAACUACAAGCCAUACUGAG